AUGCGGCCCUCCUCCGUCGGCCCGGAAGAAGACCCCCUGCAGCCGACGACCUCCGAUGAGACGGUGUCCGUGGGGGGAACCGUGACGCUGACCUGCCACGUGCCCGAGAGCGAUAACUCCUCCCUGCAGUGGUCCAACACGGCACAGCAGACCCUGUACUUUGGGGAGAAGAGAGCGCUGAGGGAUAACCGCAUCCAGCUGAACCGCUCGACGGCCACCGAGCUUUCCAUCACCAUCGGAGACGUGCAGAUGUCCGACGAUGGCGAGUACACCUGCUCCAUCUUCACCAUGCCGGUCCGCACCGCCAAGGCCAUGGUGACCGUGCUGGGUGUUCCCGGUAAACCUCACAUCCGGGGCUUUGAGAACGCCGUGCCGGAGGGCGGCAAGGUCACCUUGACCUGCACGAGCACGGGCAGCAAGCCCCCCGCCCAGCUGCACUGGUACAGGGGGGACCAGGAGCUGGAAGGACGUCCCGUGGUGAAGCUCCUCGCGGACGACUCCACGUACAACGUGAGCAGCGAGCUCACCCUGGAGGUGAGCCGCGACGACGACAACGCCCUCAUCGCCUGCGCCGUGGACCACCCGUCUCUGGCGCCGGGCGACAAGAGGAGCGAGCACGCCGUGCGGGUGUUGUAUUCCCCUAACCCACAGAUCGUGCCUGAGUCUGAUCUGCCAAGAGAAGGGGAGAAGUUUCAUCUGAAGUGUCUGGGCAACGCCAACCCCGAGUAA